AUGGUUGCUCUUAUUCAGGCUACUCGCUACCCUUCUGCAUCGGCUCAAGACCCAAGGGUCAACAUUGCACGUGCCAUCAUGUCGGCCGUUCCUCGCACUGCCGUGGAUGAAAAGCUGCAGACGGUCAAGACCGCGGCGGAGAAGGUGCGAAGCUACGGCGCCAUUGCCACCCGCACUCGCGAGAACCGUCUCGCCGAACUCAAGAACUCCAUCUCGCGUCCAAUCUCCCUCCCCAACACUCAAUCACCAACGGACGGCCCUGCUUCAAGCUCCUACGUCGCCGAAAGCAUGGACAGCAGAUGGUCGACCCAAUCUUGGCCUUGCGAAACCACACCACUCGUGGAGCGUUCUAGCGCCUUCGAAUUCGAUGAGCAGCUGCACGACGAUCCGCGCAACUCCACUUGCAGCCAAGGGUCCUUCGUCACCCGUCCCUACUCGUUCUUCUAG